AUGUCUACCGAGUCUGUCUCGAGCUUACCCGUGCGGCCCGUCACCCAAGCGGCAGCCCAUCCGCUAGCACCGCUCACCGGAGAGGAGAUCAAGGCCGCCUCAGCCAUCAUCCAAGCUGCCUGGCCUCAAGGCACGAACCUGCACUUCAAGGCCGUGACGUUAGAGGAGCCUCCCAAGGCCCAAGUUGUUCCUUACUUGGACGCUGAGCACAGCGGAGCUCCGCGCCCCAACAUCCGCCGAAAGGCCUUCAUAAACUACUACAUUCGCAAUACGAACAAGUAUCACGAGGCCAUAGUGGACCUCAGCGCCGGCAGCGUUGAAAGGAACGUCCGGUUAGGCCCCAAUGUCCAUGCGAACGGCGACGGUGAUGAGAUUGUCGUCAUCGAGAAAACAGCCUUGGAGGACGCCGGCGUGCAGGCUGCGAUUGCCAAACUGCAACUGCCCAAGGGCACAGUAGUGGUGAUUGACCCCUGGAUCUACGGUUCCGACGGUGUCAACGAUGAUGACCGCAUGUAUCAGUGCUUCAUGUACAUGCGGGAUCCGCUCAACCCCAACGAGGCCGACUCCAACCAUUACGCGCUACCCCUUCCCAUUUCUCCCGUCAUCAGCACCGAGACCAUGACCGUCAUUCGGAUCGACAUGUUGCCAACUGGCGUGGACGAGAAGAUCAAGCCUCCAGGUCCUCUGAAGAUCCAUCCACCCAACGAGUACAUCCCAGAAGCCCAGCCCAAGCUUCGCACAGACCUGAAGCCGCUAAGAGUGGUACAGCCCGAGGGCGCCUCAUUCACCGUCACUCAGGAGGGCACAUCAUCCGUGAUCGAAUGGCAGAAGUGGAAGUUCCGAGUGGGCUUCAACCAGCGCGAGGGAAUGGUGCUGUAUGACGUGCGGUACGACAACCGAUCGUUGUUCUACCGCAUUUCGCUCUCCGACAUGAACAUCCCGUACGCAGACCCGCGCCACCCCUUCCACAAGAAAUCAGCAUUCGACCUGGGUGACGCAGGCGCGGGCAUCAUGGCGAACAACCUCCAGCUAGGCUGCGACUGUCUCGGCCACAUCUACUAUCUCUCCUCGGUGCUGUCCGACGACAAGGGCGACACGGUCGACAUGCCCAACGUAGUCUGCGUCCACGAGCAGGACGCAGGAAUCGGCUGGAAACAUACAAACUACAGGACCGGCCGCGCCGCCGUGGUGCGCAACCGCGAGCUCGUGCUGCAGAGCAUCAUCACCGUCUCCAACUACGAAUAUAUCCUCGCCUUCCAGUUCAACCAAGCCGGCGAGCUCGCCUACGAGGUCCGCGCCACCGGCAUCCUCUCGACCCAGCCCAUCGACGAAGGCCUCUCCGUCCCCUUCGGCACCGUCGUGCACCCCGGCGUCCUGGCCGUGCACCACCAACACAUCUUCUCCCUCCGCAUCGACCCCGCCCUCGAAGGCCACGCCAACCGCCUCGUCUACCAAGAAGCCCACCCCAUGCCCCGCAGCGCCUUCAACCCGCACGGCACCGGCUACACCGUCACCGAAACCCCCCUCACCCGCACCGGCGGCUACGACCUCUCCACCUCGGCCAACCGCGUCUUCAAGAUCGUCAACGCCGGCGUCCGCAACCCCGUCAACAACCAGCCCGUCGCCUACAAGAUCCACGCGCCCCCCUUCCAAAAGAUGCUGUCCGACGCCCAGUCCUUCAACCACGCCCGCGCCGAGUUCUCCGACCACAACAUCUACCUCACCACGCACCGCGACGGCGAGCUCUACGCCGGCGGCCGCUACACCAACCAGUCGCGCGGCGGCACCGGCGUCCGCUCGUGGGCCAAUCGCGCCGACCCCGCCCUCGACGCCGACAUCGUCGUCUUCGUCCAGUUCGGCAUCAACCACGUCCCCCGCAUCGAGGACUUCCCCGUCAUGCCCGUCGAGAUCCUGAAGGUCGCACUGAAGCCCGUGAAUUUCUUCGACAGGAACCCCGCCCUGGAUGUGCCGCCGAGCGAGCAGGGCUUCAAUCGCAGCACCAGCGCGCAGGAGAGGCAUCAGCAGAGUGUCGGGACGGCGACGGUGGGGGCGGGCGGGAAGUUGGAGGCGGGGUCGUGCUGUGCGCCGGGGAGUAAGUUGUGA